GUGGUAUAUUAGGCGGAGAGGCGGGGUCGUCUGAGCUGCCGCGCUGGCAUUUUCUCCUGGACAAGGAGAGGGUGCGGCUGCUGAGAGCUGAGCAGUGCAAUCCCGCUCCUCAGAGUCUUGAAGAAGAGAGGCGACGAAGGGUCGAGAGAGUUGGGCCCUGAGGCAAGGCUCUCUUUUGCCACUGAGGGGACAGGAGCCAUGGCUCAGAACAUGGACUGUGGCGCGGGCCUCUUCAGCUUCCAGGCUGAGGCCUCAGUAGAAGAAAGCGCCUUGCUUAUGCAGACCUUGAUGGAGGCCAUCCAGAUCUCGGAGACUCCACCUCCUAACCAGGCCACAGCAGCUGCCAGCGGGCAGAAUGCUAGUCUCCAGAGUUCACAGCCCCCAACAGUCAGUGAGAUGGCUGAUAUUCAGCUUUCAGCAGCUGCUGCUAGGCCUAAGCCAACCUUUAAGGUCCCGAAUGCAAACACAAAAGGCCCAAAUGGUGCCUAUGAUUUCUCUCAGGCUAUUAAUGCCAAGGAGAUGUCUAACACCCUGCCUCAGGCAGCCUAUAUGUCACCAAAUGCCCCACCAAAGGGCCCAAAUGCUGCCUAUAAUUUUUCCCAGGCAGCAAUCACUACUGAGUUAACUGCCAACUCUGCAGAGAUGACCUUUAAAGCCCACAAUGCCACUAAUACUCAGGUGGGCCCAAAUGCCACCUACAAUUUCUCCAAGCCUCUCAAUGCCAGUGAAAUAGCCAACUCACAGCCUAAGACAACCUUUAAGGCUUGGAAUAACACCACUAAGGUCCCAGUGGUUAGUACCCAAAUCCAGAAUGUUAACCAAGCCAAGAUGACUUCUUCCCAGGCUGAUAUACAGGCAGACUCAGGUAUCACUGAAUCUAAUGGUGCAGCUGCACAGACACCAGCAGAUGGUUCUCAGGCUCAGAAUCUGGAGUCCAGGACUAUCAUUCGGGGCAAGAGGACCCGCAAGAUUAAUAACUUGAAUGUGGAAGACAACAUCAAUGGAGAUCAGAGAAGGGCUCCACUUAGUGCUGGGCCCUGGAGAUCUGCACCAGUUCCAGUUACCAAUCUGAAUCCACCUGGAGCACCUCCCAAUGUUCUCUGGCAAACCCCAUUGGCUUGGCAGAAUCCAUCUGGCUGGCAAAACCAAACAGCCAGGCAGACCCCACCAGCACGUCAGAGCCCCCCAGCUAGGCAGACUCCACCAGCCUGGCAAAACCCAGUAGCUUGGCAGAACCCAGUCAUCUGGCAAAACCCAGUCAUCUGGCAGAACCCAGUCAUCUGGCCUAACCAUAUUGUCUGGCCUGGCCCAGUUGUCUGGCCAAACCCACUGGGCUGGCAGAAUCCACCCGGAUGGCAGGCCUCACCUGGAUGGCAGACCCCACCAGGCUGGCAAAGCCCUCCAGAUUGGCAAGCUCCUCCUGAGUGGUCUCUGCCACCUGACUGGCCACAGCCACCUGACUGGCCACUUCCUGAGUGGUCACUCCCUCCUGACUGGAUCACCACUGACUGGCCCAUUCCACCUGAGUGGCAGAACCUGCGACCAUCACCAAACUUGCGUCCCACUCCCAACCCGCGUGCCUCACAGAACCUGGGUGUCUCACAGCCCCGAGAUGUGGUCCUUCUUCAGGAAAGAGCAAAUAAAUUGGUCAAAUACCUGAUGCUUAAAGAUUAUACAAAGGUGCCCAUCAAGCGUUCAGAAAUGCUGAGGGAUAUCAUUCGUGAAUACACUGACGUUUAUCCAGAAAUCAUCGAACGGGCAUGCUUUGUCCUAGAGAAGAAAUUUGGGAUUCAGUUGAAGGAAAUUGACAAGGAAGAACACCUGUAUAUUCUCAUCAGUACCCCUGAAUCCCUGGCUGGCAUACUGGGAACGACCAAAGACACACCAAAGCUGGGUCUCCUCUUAGUGAUUUUGGGCAUCAUCUUUAUGAAUGGCAACCGUGCCAGUGAAGCUGUCCUCUGGGAGGCACUACGCAAGAUGGGACUGCGUCCUGGGGUGAGACAUCCCCUCCUUGGAGACCUGAGGAAACUUCUCACUUACGAGUUCGUUAAGCAAAAGUACCUGGAUUACAGACGAGUACCCAACAGCAACCCUCCUGAGUAUGAGUUCCUCUGGGGCCUACGUUCCUAUCAUGAAACUAGCAAGAUGAAAGUGCUGAGAUUCAUUGCAGAGGUUCAGAAGAGAGACCCUCGUGACUGGACUGCACAGUUCAUGGAGGCUGCAGAUGAGGCAUUGGAUGCUCUGGAUGCUGCAGCAGCUGAGGCAGAGGCCCGGGCAGAGGCAAGGACCCGCAUGGGAAUUGGAGAUGAAGCCGUAUCUGGACCGUGGAGCUGGGAUGACAUUGAGUUUGAGCUGCUGACCUGGGAUGAAGACGGAGAUUUUGGAGAUCCUUGGUCCAGAAUUCCAUUUACCUUUUGGGCCAGAUACCACCAGAAUGCCCGUUCCAGAUUUCCUCAGACCUUUGCUGGCCCUAUUAUUGGCCCAGGUGGUACUGCUAGUGCCAACUUCGCUGCCAACUUUGGUGCCAUUGGUUUCUUCUGGGUUGAGUGAAACAUUGGGUACUACUAAGUUGAAAUAGUCUUCCUCUGGAGUGAGGCUGAAACCUCAGAUUCCUUUUGAACACAGCUAUCUAGAAUGCCACGUCCUGUUGACUGAAAGUGGCAUGCAAGAUAAAUUUAAUUGCUGUUCCUGGUUUAUUGCUUUUUUUCCCUGUUGUGUGCUGUUUUGGUAUCAGAAAUAAACGUUGAACUUGCAAAGUGAA